UAAUGCUUGGCUCCUCGGCAGCAGCAGCCGCACCGACUCGGUUAAUUUCUAAAGAGUAAACUAUGUGCAAAGCAAAUAAAGGAUGCAGCGGGAGCUAACUGUGGACGCACUUGGAUUUAUCAGCCUGUAAAAACAAAAAUUCGGUCAAACUUAUGGCGUGAAGGGCCCGCUCUUGGCCUGCAUCACUCACAGCUAAUGGAUGUCUUUACCCAGUAUGCCUACAACGACAGUUUCUUUGAAAACGGAACAUGGAGCCUCAACAGGACGGACCAGGAGCAGAAACACCCGUACAACUACUACGCCAUGCUGCUCACCCUGCUCAUCUUCGUCAUCGUCUUCGGCAACGUGCUGGUGUGCAUGGCCGUAUCCAGAGAGAAGGCUCUGCAGACCACCACCAACUACCUGAUCGUCAGCCUGGCUGUGGCCGACCUCCUGGUGGCCACGCUGGUGAUGCCGUGGGUCGUCUACUUAGAGGUAGUGGGAGAGUGGCGCUUUAGCAAGAUCCACUGUGACAUCUUUGUCACUCUGGAUGUGAUGAUGUGCACAGCCAGCAUCCUCAAUCUCUGCGCCAUCAGCAUUGAUCGUUACACAGCCGUUGCGAUGCCCAUGCUGUACAACACUCGCUACAGCUCCAGAAGGCGGGUCACAGUCAUGAUCUCUGUGGUGUGGGUGCUGUCAUUCGCCAUAUCAUGUCCCCUGCUGUUUGGCCUCAAUAACACAGCCACUCGUGAUGAGUCUCUCUGUGUGAUCGCCAAUCCAGCCUUUGUGGUGUACUCCUCCAUUGUGUCCUUCUACGUCCCCUUCAUCAUCACUCUGCUGGUUUAUGUGCAAAUUUAUGUGGUCCUCAGGAAGAGGCGGAAACGUGUAAACACAAAGCCGAAGCAGCGCAUCUGUCAGGCUGCUGACCCCGAUGUGGCCACUUCGCUGAAGGAUAAAUGCACUCAUCCAGAGGAUGUGAGGUUGUGCACCAUGAUUGUUAAAUCGAAUGGGAGUUUUCCUGUCAACAAGAAGAAAGUGAUAUUCAUCAAAGAUGCUGUUAAUGAGGGCGAAGAUCUGGAGCUGGAUGAGCUGAACAGUGGCAGCAGCCAGAAACAGAAGCAGCAGCAGACACAGUGUGCUCUUGGAGACACGCCGGCCACCAGUAACCAGCAGCUGAUGCCCAGCAAAGUCAACGCCAGUCCCACUUCCACGCCGCCAACACCGCCCGAGGAGGGACAGAAAGCAGAGAAGAACGGGGAUCCCGCGAAGGAGGCCUUGGGAGACCCGGCACCCAUUGUGGCCAAAGCCUUCCAGACACAGACCUUAUCUAACGGGAAGACACAGACCUCUGUGAAAACCAUGAGCAAGAGGAAGAUCUCCCAGCAGAAGGAGAAGAAGGCCACCCAGAUGUUAGCCAUUGUCCUUGGUGUAUUCAUCAUAUGCUGGCUGCCGUUCUUCAUCACCCAUAUCUUAAACACCCACUGCACCAAAUGCAAGGUUCCUCCUGAGAUGUAUAAUGCUUUUACUUGGCUGGGCUAUGUGAAUAGUGCUGUAAAUCCUAUCAUAUACACCACCUUUAAUGUUGAGUUCAGAAAGGCAUUCAUCAAGAUCUUGCACUGCUAAGCUGCAACAUCACUUAUCUGAUCAGACUGAGGGAAGAAGUGAUGAAUAAAAGCAUCUCUUCUGGUAAAUACCUCAUCCUGUCAAGGGAAACGCACGACGCGAUGAGACGACGACCAGCGUUUUAAAGUCAUGGAUUUGACGUGACUGAGAAAACUGACAAGUGUCUUACCGAAAGACAUGUUGGCUCUAUAUGUGAAUUGUUUGUGGAGUCCUGUUCUCCGAAUCACUGAAUGUAAUACAAGAAAUGUCUGUAACAAAGCCCUGUUUCAUUGAGAAAAAAAAAAGUUACAUUGUUCUCUGAAAUCAUUGUGCUUGUCAUGUGAGGAGCCAUUUGUGUAUACCACACA